UUGUAGUGCGGACAUAAAUAAACCGUUUUCCCCUAUUAAAAACUCCUCUUGGCAUCCAUCUUACAAAGAGUAUAACCCAUCUCUCCUCCUAAUAUAGCAAACUUCUACAUAUCAAACAUGAUUUAUCUCUCCUCCUCUCCUCUCUCUGCUUCAAAGGUUAAUAAAAACAUCUAGAAAAAGAAGAUUAAGAAGCAAUGGCCAAUAACUUAUCCAUAGCAUUCGGAGAUUAGCCACCAAACGAUAACAGUCUAAUGAUUUAUCCAAUGGAGAAUCGUCCACUUCUUAUGGGGUUGAUCAAAGAACCUCGAUAUUCCAAUUCCAUAACCCUUUCAUUUCUCCCAAAACUUCGACCACAUUUCGUCGAACGUGACUGAUUUUAAACAACAAAACAUUGAUUGUUGUCCACAAACAAUGUCGAUGUUUGCAUCUUUCCAAUUACUAGAGCUCAACCUAAUCUCCGCUCAGGAUCUAGCCCCUGUCUCCCGAAAAAUGAAGACUUACGCGGUGGCUUGGGUUCACUCCGAGCGUAAACUCACCACCCGCGUUGACUACACCGGUGGAGCCAACCCAACUUGGAACGACAAGUUCGUCUUCCGAGUCAGCGAGGAUUUCCUCUACGCUGAUACUUCAGCCGUCGUGGUCGAAAUCUACGCUUUGCAUUGGUUCCGUGAUGUCCACGUCGGCACAGUCCGUGUCCUCAUCAGCAACCUAAUCCCACCAAACCGCCGGCCUGGAUACCGAACCAACGACGAGUACCGCCAUACUCCCCCUCCCGGAAUGCGGUUCAUAGCCCUUCAAGUUCGACGACCAUCUGGCCGUCCUCAGGGGAUCCUCAACAUCGGUGUCGGAAUCCUUGACGGAUCUAUGAGAAGUUUGCCGCUUUACACCAACAUGGACUCGUCUGCUGUUGGUUACAGAGACUUGCUCGGUGAAGACGAUCCGCAUUUGCAGAAUCUGCAUCUUAACAGCGUCAAAGGAAGCUCCAACAACCCGCAAUCUCCGUCUUCAAAACAGUACCAAUCCGUAGUCUCCAGGCCACCACCACCACCACCACCGGUGCUCCGUCGUACGAUGAGUGAUACCAGCUCCAUGGUAGUCUCCGAUCUCCUAAGCAGAGCAGAGCGUAGCCGUAUGGCUAAUAGGAAGCCUGUGAGCGCAUUACCGAGCAGCGAUGACGAAACUGUACCUACAACGUCGGGACACCAUACAACUACCGAUGAUUCCGUCGACGAUUACGAAGCGCCUUACAAAACACCUCAUAUCCCAGGCAAUAGAUAUGAUGAUUCGUAUGAGGAUGAGUUUGUGGAUCAAUCGCCAAAUGUGAUGCCGAUGAGAAGUGAGAGAUACGACGAGGACUCGCCGUACCGUUCGUACGAUCAUUCACGCAAAACGCCGAGGAGAUCAACGCCGGUGAUCGAGAAGCCAAGGCCGCCGAGGGAUUACGAUCGCAGCAACCGCGCUUCUCCUUACUUAUCAAGGCGCGGGACGCCGUUGAGAUCGAACAUCGUCGCGUCUACUCCGAUCAGAUCUAACAUCGUUUCAUCUAGUCCUAUGCGAUCUAACGGCGUUAGAUUGACUCCGAUGAGAUCUAACAUGGUUGCAUCUAGUCCUAUGCGAUCAUCGACUCCUAUGAGAUCUAACAACAUCGUUGGAUCGACUCCGUUACGAUCUAACAUAAUCGGAUCGACUCCGAUUCGAUCUACCUACAAGGGAACGCCGAUGAAAUCGCCUCUACGGUUCGGUACGCCGAUGAGAUCUAAUUUGGCGGGGAGAUUGAUUUUAACCGAAUCUGAGUUAGGUCCGUCGCCUUCGGAAGUAGCGAAUAAGAUGGCGAAGGAGAGAUCGCAAGCCAAUGACACUGAGAGUUCGAUCCUCAGCGAAUGGAGCCUCGACGACGAUAGCAACAUCGAAGGUCUCCGAUCGAAACUCGAGCGGUGGCGGACGGAGCUUCCGCCGCUUUACGAUCUCGGAUCGAGUCACCAGAGCAGCGAUGUAGGUAGCGCGAUUGUUCCGGCGUCGGCGAGUGCAGGAGGAGGGAAGAGCUCGAGACGGAAAACUCCGACGGUGAAGAAGAAGCAUCAGCGCCGUCACACGGAAGGAGGAAACGGUCUUUUCUCGUGUUUUAGUAAUAUUUGUGGCGCGGAAUGUACUUUCGUGUGUGGAGGCGGGUCGGAUCACGACGGGUCGAAAAAGAAAGGUGGGUCAAAGCGUUUGCCGCGCUUGGCCUCUGCUGAUAAUUUGAGUUAUGUGUGA